AUGGCCAGAAACCAGAGCUCUCUCCUGCUGAUAAGCUUACUUCUGCUGCUCUCCUCAUCAAGUGUCAGCUUGGCAACGCCUGUGACUGCCAUUGCUGGUUUCACCAAUGCUCGUCAUUCCAAACAAGCGUGCACGGAUGAAGCACCCGCGAUCGCGAUGUUCGCCGGAGUGAACAGCAAGCUCUACGGCAACGGCGACAUAUGCUGGAUAAAGUUCAGUAUUACUUGCAUCGGUGGGGUGGCCGGUCAGUCGUCUCCCUGCCGAACGAGCGAUCCCGUGGAUGUGACCGUCACCGACAGCUGCUCGCCGGAAUCUGAUAACAAGCCUUGCCCUACGUUUGUGCUGUCUGAAAAAGCGUUCGCAUUGAUUGCGAAUCCUCAAGCUGGGUUCGCUACCAUUUCCUACGACCGGUGA